AUGGCAACUAUUCAAUCAAUUCCUGCUCGACCACCACCACCACAACAACAACAACAACAACAACAUCCAUCAAUGAUACAGAUCUGCGCUUUCAAUUGUUAUAAUCACUUUGGGUAUGAAUUAUCAUAGAAAUUAUCAUAGAAAACGAACUUAUUGAUCAGGAUAAAACAUUUUCUAUAGUUAUUAUGUUUCAAUGAGAAUAGUUUUAUUCUUCCAUUUUUUAUUCAAUUGAUUUAUUUCAUGAAACGUUUCGAAGGAUACUUCCUUCUUCAUCAGGUUUUUACGAACAAAACAAGAUAAAAUUAAUUUACAAAUGAAGAACAUAUAUAUAUAUGUAGAAAAAUUGAACUCUUUUUCCUUUGAAUUUUUGAAUAGUAGAUUGGACGACAACAAGACGGUAACACUGGAACAAAAAGAAACUAUAUUACCUGGUUUCUUCUUCGUUCGUUCCAUUAUUGAAAAGAAAAAAGAAAAGAAAAAGAGAUAGUUCAAUUUUUUUACAUAUAUAUAUGUUCUUCAUUUGUAAAUCAGUUUUAUCAGGUUUUGUUUGUAAAAAUUUGAUGAAGAAGGAAAUAUCCUUCGAAACGUUUCAUGAAAUAAAUAAAUUAAAUAAAAAAGGGAAGAGUAAAACUAUUCUCAUAGAAUUAUCAUGUCCUUCCGAACUAUCACUGAGUUAUUGUAUUUGUUUCUGUUAAAGUUUGUGUAAUAUAGAUAAUUUGUCAAUGAUUGGAAAGAUUAUCUUUGUAUAAAUAAUAUCUGAUUGAGUUUAUGAUAUCUAUUUAAAUAUAAUAAAAACAUGUGUAGAUAUGUAUCUCUGAUUGAAGUCAAUGUUCUGCUUUCUUUUCUCACUAGCAUUUUUCAUUAUUUAUUUUAUAUUGAUAAAUUGACAAUUUUUUCAUUGAUUCUUGUUCGUUUUCUUACAUGAAUUUAGUUUAUCAGAAAACAAAACAGAUUGUUAUGUUUAACCAAUUGAUAUAGUUGAUUAUUUUCGAAUAAUGAAUCAAUUAUGUUGAUUUAUAUGUGAUCUUGAAAAAUGUAUUCGUGUCAAUAUGACAAACUAAUUAACGAUUUCAGAUUAUUCUGAUCGAUAAGACUUUAAUUAUAUUGAUGUAUACUGUUCUGCAUAAAAAAAAACAUUCUGAUCAUAAGAGAAUAUUGUUUUUGACAAAUUUUUUAUUUUUAUUUUCUUAAUAGAAGCGAAAAUCCGUUCAAGAUUGACAGUGCUAUUUGUUUCGCUAUAAGUGAGAUUAUACUUAUGAAAAAAGUUCAUUAAAAUAAAGUUAAGAUUGUUUUCGAUAAUGGAUUAUAAAUAUGAUUUAAUAUGUCGAUCACGAAUGGAUUAUUAAAUUAUCUAAGCGCACAUAUAGAAGAUUCUUCUUAUAAGGGAAGGUCUCCAAGUAAUGAGCCGAGAUU